AUGGGAUUCGACAAUCCAUACACCAAUGCCCCUCCUAUUGGCAGAAAUCCUCUUCAUGGCAUCCUUCCCAGGAAAGCGACCGCAGAGCAGGUCAUCAGAGCCAUGGAGAGCGAUGUGAACCCAUUCAACAAGCAGCCUCACAAGCCCCAAUACAAGAGACUUCUUGAGCGCCGUAAAGAGCUUCCUGUUUUUGGUCAGAUGUCCGAGUUCCUGAAGAUGUUUACGCAAAAUCAGAUAGUCGUUGUAGUCGGCGAGACUGGCUCAGGAAAGACGACUCAGAUUCCUCAACUCGUCUGCUACUCUGAUCUCCCGCACACAAAGGGUCAGAUAGUCGCCUGUACGCAGCCAAGACGUGUCGCUGCUAUGUCAGUGGCUGAGCGCGUCGCAAACGAGAUGGACGUGUCGCUCGGGAAGGAAGUGGGUUACUCUAUACGCUUCGAAGAUAUGAACGAGCCGGGAGCCACCUUCUUGAAAUACAUGACCGACCAUACGCUCCUUCGAGAAGCCAUGAACGAUCCCGACCUUAAACAGUAUUCCACUAUCAUCCUCGAUGAGGCACACGAGCGUACUCUGGCCACGGAUCUCCUCAUGGCUUUCUUGAAAGACCUCGCACAGCGUCGGUCAGACUUGAAGCUAGUCGUCAUGUCCGCCACUCUCGACGCCCACAAGUUUCAGAAGUACUUGAGCAUUGCCGGACCUAGCAAACCUGCGCCGUUGUUCAAGAUUCAUGGUCGCACACAUCCAGUUGAGGUCUUCUACACCCAGGAGCCCGAAGCGGAUUACAUAGAGGCCGCAAUACGCACGGUUCUCAUGAUACAUCGUGCGGAAGGACCUGGCGAUAUCCUGCUGUUCCUGACUGGUGAGGAGGAGAUUGAGGACGCGUGUCGUAGAAUCAAAUUCGAAGCGGACGAUCUCGCCAACCAGGAUCCACAGAGCAUCGGACCACUUGUUUGCAUUCCCCUCUAUUCCUCCCUCCCCCCACAGCAGCAGCAACGCAUCUUCGAUCCCGCACCCCCAUCCCGCGCGCCCAGCGGUCCGCCUGGUCGGAAGGUCGUCGUGUCUACGAACAUCGCCGAGACGUCGCUCACGAUUGAUGGUAUCGUCUAUGUUGUUGACCCCGGUCUCUCACAGGUUAAAGUGUAUAAUCCGCGUAUUCGUGUCGAAUCCCUGCUCGUGUCCCCCAUCUCCAAAGCUUCUGCGCAGCAGCGUGCGGGACGCGCUGGUCGUACACGACCGGGCAAGUGUUUCCGGCUGUACACGCAGAGCGACUUCAAGACCGAGCUCGAGGAGCAGACGCACCCCGAGAUCCUCCGGAGCAACCUCGCGAACGCCGUGCUUGAGCUGGCGAAGCUUGGCGUCAAGGAUCUGGUACACUUCGACUACGUGGACGCGCCUGCACUGGAGUCGCUCAUGCGUGCCUUGGAGCUGCUCAAUUAUCUUGUUGCACUGGACGAUGAAGGGAACCUGACGCCCCUAGGCGCGAUCAUGGCGGACUUCCCGCUAGACCCUCAGAUGGCAAAGAUGCUGAUUGUCAGCCCCGAGUUCAACUGUAGCGACGAAAUACUAACGAUCGUGGCCAUGCUUUCCGUGCCUAGUGUCUGGCGUCGGCUACCAAACCAGCAGAAGGAGGCAGACGUUGCCAAGGCACUUCUCACAAUCCCGGAUGGCGACCAUUUGACGCUGCUGAACGUCUACAAUUCCUACAUAAGCAACAAGCACGAUAGGAAUUGGUGCUGGAACAACUACCUCGGGGCGCGCGCACUCCAAGAAGCGGAAAACGUCCGCGCUCAAUUGCAACGGACGAUGGAGCGGUAUGAUAUCGAACUCGUCACAACGCAGGACGAACGAAAGCUGUGGCAGAGCAUCCGCAAGGCGCUCGUGUGCGGCUUCUUCAUGCAGGUCGCGCACAAGGAAGGCGAGAAGGGCGGGUACCUCACUGUAAAGGACAAUCAGGUGGUGUCGCUGCACCCGAGCUGCGGCCUCGACUCGUCACCGGAGUGGGUGAUUUUCAACGAGUUCAUCUUGACGACGAAGCCGUACAUCCGGACGGUUACCGAGGUGCGGCCGGAGUGGCUGUUGGAGUUCGCGCCGAACUACUUUGACCUGUCAACUUUCCCGGCAGGCGAGACGAAGCGGGCGCUGCAGUCCGUGCUGAAGAAGCGCACACUCAAGGCUGUUGACGGCACCGGCACCGGCAGUGUGUCCACUCGCAGUAACAAACAUGACGCAGAGCCCAAGAAGAAGCCGAAGAAGCAGCGUUCUAGAGCCCAACGUUCCGGGGGUGGCUGA